UCAUCCAUCACCUUCCCUCUUCCACCAACUUCAACCAUCACCGACCCAUCGUUCAAUUAUCUUCACCACGAACCGCAACGAUGCCCACUAACACCACGCCCUCCCACACAAAGGCCCGCACAUCGGUGCGCUUCAGCACCUACAGUGUCGCCGCUCCCUCCUUUGCUCUCACAGUCGAGACGAACGGCUCCGCCACCAAUGAGAUCCGCGACAUCGCCUCCGACAUCGACCGCAUGGAGAACAAGGCCCUCUCCUCCCAGCGCGUCGUCCUCAGUGAGGAGAAGACAGACAACAUGCAGAAGCUCGCCCUCUGCGCCAAGCUCGACCGUGCUCUCGACCGCCGCAUGAGCAGCCAGGAUGCCGUCAUGCGCCCGCGCACCAAGAACACAGCCGCUAACGAUAAGCUCGACGAGAAGGCGCAAUGGAGCGGCCGCCUCGCUGACGAAGCUGUACCGGAGCCCCAACCAGAGUCGACACUGCAACACCAGAACGAGGGUCUGUGACUG